CGCGGAUCAGCUCCUCCCCCAUGCGCGCACAGCUUCAUUUGAUCAAAUCCUUCAAGUUGGACCACUUUUCUUUUUUCAUCACUGCAUUUGAGCAACGCCACAACUUGCGCAGCACUUCCUCUUCCACAGCCGAGCGGCAGUUUCCUCCCCGAAAAGGCGAAGGAAAGAGUGAGGGCAAAGAGCUUCUUGCAUCCUCAGCAUCCCCCUCUGCCUCCAGCGAUGGAGAGUGAGGUCAUAUUUCGCCCAAAGUGGCACAGUGCGUUUAGGCUUUUCAUUUUUAUGAUGUUCUGUUCCUUUCGUGUUGCCAAAGCCGAAAUAACUUGCAGGUCGUGCCAACCUGGAAAUAAAUGGCGUUCACAGGAAUUACUGCUGAAAUUCGACACAAGUGAGUACCCGACUGGAUUAAAGAGAGAAGUUUACGGAGACGGGGCGGUGAGAUCCGCGGCCGCGGGUGCGGAAAGUCGGCGACUCCGUUGCGCUGCUGGUUCCGCUGAAUGCGCUCCUGACAUUCGGGUGGAAUCCGCGGAGCAAAAGCUGCAACGGAGCGCGGAGAAGCAGGACGCGGGGGGCAGCGGUGGCGGCGGCGGCGAGAGCAAGUUCGCAAAGACGAAAGUUUCCAAUGUCCAAACCAGUGGCGAGCAGAAGACCAGAGCCGGGACCACCCGCUGCAGAAGGAGCAGUGACGAGGACCACGACGAUGUCCAAAGCAGAGAGCCCGGGGAGGACGCGCGCCCUGCGGGCGGGCGGCGCAGGGUGACCCGCUCUGACUCGCGCUGGAGAGGCGCCGGUCCGAGGCAGGAGGAGCAGAAACUCAACAGUUCCACCUUCGCCCUGACCGGGGACUCCUCUCACAACCAGGCCAUGGUGCACUGGUCCGGCCACAACAGCAGCGUGAUUUUGAUGCUGACCAAACUCUUUGACUUCAACCUCAACAGUGUGACUGAAAGUUCAUUAUGGAGGUCAACUGACUAUGGAGCAACGUACCAGAAGCUGAAUGACAAAGUGGGAUCGAAGACAAUACUCAGCUAUUUAUACGUCAGUCCCAACAACAAGAGAAAGAUCAUGCUGCUGACUGAUCCGGAGGUCGAGAGCAGCCUCCUCAUCAGCUCUGAUGAAGGCGCUACCUACCAGAAAUACCGGCUGAGCUUCUACAUCCUAAGCCUGCUCUUCCACCCCGAGCAGGAGGACUGGAUUCUGGCCUACAGCCACGACCAAAAGCUCUACAGCUCGGUGGAAUUUGGGAGAAGGUGGCAAGUGGUGCACGAGAGAGUGGCCCCCAACCGCUUCUACUGGUCCAAAAUGGGUUUGGAUAAGGAGCCGGGCUUAAUUCACCUGGAAGCCAGCGUUUCUGAAGGACAGGCGCUGUAUGUCACCUGCAAGCUACAGAACUGCACCGAUGCCAACAAGGGGAAACCGUUCCCCGGCUACAUUGACCCCAACUCUCUGGUUGUGCAAGAUGAGUAUGUGUUUGUCCAGGUGUCAACCGCCGGGAGGCCGAUCUACUAUGUGUCUGCUAAAAGGGAUGUCUUUACACCAAUGAAGCUGCCCAAGUACACACUGCCCAAGGACCUGCAUGUGAUCAGUACGGAUGAAAACCGAGUGGUAGCAGCGGUUCAGGAGUGGAACCAGAACGAGACCUACAACCUGUACGUGUCGGACACAUCUGGGGUGUACUAUACUCUGGCUUUGGAGAACGUGGUCAGCAGCAUGGGCCAUGAGGGCAACGUCAUGGUUGACCUCUACGAGGUAGCAGGAAUAAAGGGGAUGUUCCUCGCCAACAAAAAGACGGAUAACCAAGUAAAGACGCACAUCACCUACAACAGAGGCAGAGACUGGAGUUUGCUGCAGGCGCCGAGCAAAGAUCUGAAGGGCAACAGCAUUCACUGCGUGCUACCAUACUGUUCACUGCAUCUCCAUCUCCACGUGUCUGCAAAUCCCUACACAUCUGGAAACAUAGCCAGCCGGGACACCGCACCGGGGAUCAUUGUAGCAUCAGGCUCCAUCGGCUCAGAGCUGACAAGCAGCAACGUCAGCGUCUUCGUCGCCUCGGAUGCAGGAAACACAUGGAGACAGAUCUUUAACGAGGAGUAUGCAUUGUUGUAUCUCGACCAAGGAGGAGCCUUGGUUGCAAUAAGACACACUCCGCUUCCCAUCCGACACCUGUGGUUGAGCUUUGACGAAGGACGCCAGUGGAACAAGUACAGCUUCACCAACACACCUCUGUUUGUAGACGGGGUACUGGGAGAGCCUGGGGAGGAGACUCUAAUCAUGACGAUAUUCGGCCAUGUAAGUCAUCGCUCAGAGUGGCAGCUGGUGAAAAUAGACUUCAGGUCCAUCUUCAAUAGGAGGUGUACGGAGGCGGACUAUCAGACGUGGCAUCUACACAACCAGGGUGAGCCGUGCCUCAUGGGAGUGAAAAGAAUCUACCGAAAGCUGAAGCCUACGUCCAGGUGCGUUAUGGGAAAGACGUACUCUGUAUCGAUGACGUCGGGCCCCUGUGAUUGUACAGAGGCUGAUUUUGAAUGUGAUUAUGGAUACGAGAGAAGAACCAACGGAAAGUGCACCCCUGCCUUUUGGUUCCAUCCAUCAACGAUGUCCAGGAGUUGCACCACAGGGAUGACGUUCCUGAACAGCACCGGCUACAGGAAAGUGGUCUCUAAUAACUGCACGGCUGGAGUCAGUGUGCAGUACAAAGCCAAAAGGGAGCAGUGUCCUAUCCAAGCCCCCAAAGGUCUCCACCUGGUCACCAAGGAGGGAACGCUGACAGCCACACUGGGCACCAACAUCACCUUCCUGGUCUUUCUGGAGGAGGGCGACGGGGCGAGGACAAGCAUCACGCUGGACUUUGGAGACGGCCACGCUCUGACGUACUCCAAUGUGAGCUCCAUCGAGGACGGAAUCAAACACAUCUACAAGGCUGUGGGAAUCUACCGGGUGACUGCAACCGGGGAGAACAGCCUCGGCUCAGAGAGCGCCACGCUCUACCUGCACGUAACAUGUCAGCUGGAGUACAUCCAUCUCUCGGCCCCCUUUGUGGCCGUGAGGAAUAAGGAAGUGAACCUGACUGCUGUCCUGUGGCCCAGCCAAGUGGGAACAGUCACCUACAUCUGGUGGAUCGGAAACAGCACGGAGCAGCCAGUAAUCACCCUAGAGGGUAGUGUGGCGUGCACGUUCCCCCGGGAAGGUGUGAGUACAGUCACUGUGCAGGUGUCUGCAGGGAAUACUAUUCUGCAGGACAGAAAACACAUCGCCGUCCAUGAAUAUUUCCGCUCUCAUCUGCUUGCCUUUUCAUCAAACCUGGACGACCACAACCCUGAUGUUGCAGAAUGGAGGCUGGAUGUGAGCCGAGUCAUCAAGAACGCUCUGAUCCAGGCCACAGGAGUCGGAGAGGACCAGCUUCUGGUCACCCUCCUCCCAGGUCUCCCCACAGCAGCCGAGUUCUUUCUUCUCCCGGACAAGCUGCUAACUGAGGGGAAAGCGGAGAAGAGCUCUGCUCGUUUAGAUCAGCUCUCCGAGGUUCUGCUCAGCGCCUUAAAUCAAAACCUUGUCCAGUUCACGUUGCGGCCGGGGGUGCAAGUCACCGUGUACGCAGCACACUUAUCAGCAGCGCCUCUAGUGGACACCAGCGAGAACCACAGUGGCUCUGCCAUGCUAAUGCUGCUAUCAGUGGCCGUUGUAGGUUUAGCUGUAUUUGUCAUCUACAAAUUCAAGAGGAAGAUCCCAGGCCUCAACGUCUAUGCGCAGAUGCAGAACGAAAAAGAACAAGAAAUGAUGAGUCCAGCUGAUCCAACAGAGGGCACAGCCAGCUCACAGCGGGAGUUGGUGCAUUCUUUGGAGGAUCUGGACUCUGAGUUGAACUCCCGGCCCAGAGAAAUGAAAGGGUCCGGUCAUGUGGUGAACGACAACUAAGCACAAAUGAGGUGUAUGAAACCUCAUGUACAUGUGAAAUUCUCCACAGAACUCCCCACGUACGUCGUCUAAGCUCUGCACUACCGCUGCAUCAUGGAUAUUCUUUUUUAUCAUUUGGGACAUAAUGGUUUUGAGCUUUAUACCUGUGCAUGUUGGACCUUGCUGACACAUCUUGUGCUCUGUUCAACCCACAAGAAACUGGGUACAAGUUAUCAUUUCUUCAACAUAUGUGCCAUAGUCCAUACAAUUUAGAUUGCAGGGGGAACACCAGCAUGAUCUUAAGAAGGUAAAAAUAGAAUAAGCAACACUGUUUUGGUUUUGCUUCUUAUUUCCGAGAUUGGUUUUCAUUUGUAUGAAGCUAACAGCAGUAGUGUGUCAUUGAUUCAUAUGAAUAUACUUUCAUGAAGUAUGUUAUCAAAGUGAAUUAGACAUUUAUUUUGUAAAUCAUGAAUGUCUGUUAUAAUUUUUGUGUACUUUAUUAACAAGUGAACAACUAAACUAAACUAACUAAACAGAUAUGCUGUUAUAAAAUGUGAAUAGGGUACUUAAAAGCUUUUUGUCCAUUGUUUCAUGGAAAGCUGAUUAAUGGCACAAUACAUACAUUUUAUACUGAAACGUUUCCUUUUUUUCAGGGUUUGAGUUAUUAACAGAAAUACCGGGUUUUUGUUUUCUGUAUAAAUAUAACCUUUGAUGUUAAUCUAAAGCUUCUGGUACUACUCAUGAUUCAUACCAAUUUCUAAAAUGUUUUGUGCUUUAGAACAAGUGACCACUCGAUGGCUAUGAUGCUACUCUGCACCUUCAGGCUGCGACUGAUCACAUACUAGUAUUAAACCAUUCAGGAGAAAGAGGACGAAACAGGAGUAAUGGGAGAAAAGUGUUCCAAAAUGGUCCGCAGCAACCCCCCCCCCCCCCCCCCCUACUCCACCCCUCCCCCGAUCAAAGCCAACAUCAAGGCACAGUAGAAUGAGAGAGACGUAAGAGCGUAAAGAGCUGGAAGAGAGCUUAUUGGCUUAUUGGAUGGAAUAAAAAGAGGAAUAAAAAAAGGCUGCGUCCUUGAAUAUGUAAUGUGUCCAGCUGAGCUCCAGGCCGGUCAAGGUUGGUGACACAUUUAGGCUAAUGUCCCGACCCGCUCUCGAGCAGCAGCCAUCUUCACCCCAGCUCAUUAAAUCCCAGUGUAGAAGCAGGAGAACUAGAGCGCAGAUGCUACCAUGCUACACAGAAGGUUCACUCGUUCAGAGGAUGGAAGUAACUGGCCGAUUAAAGCCUUUUUUGAAUUCUCAUAGGCAACCUCUCCACUGUAGUUGCCUCUCUUUGGAGAUGUGGAUACACAGACGGGGGGGGAGUUGUCAACCAUCGAUGCUCUUUCCUACAAGUGUUGAGUUGUGGUUGUAGAGACAUUUCCACAGUAGAGAUACCCACAACACAAUCAGCAGAAUGUAACUGGGGUCUUUAUGGAGCACUAAUGUAAAGACACUUGCAGCACACACUGGCAGCGUUUCCUCUACUGAACACAAUGCCAAGGGAAGAGAAGGACACAGCAAAUGAAUUUCGAUGGAUGCAAGUGCAUCACCCCAUGAGAUGUAAGGGGAUGCAGGGGAGGACGGACUUCUCAGUGAUGAAAUAAUAUUAAGGGUGGCAAGUUGAAAAAGAAAUCCAAUGAGGAUGUUCCCUGGUCGCUCUACAGUGGAAAUACUUAUUGUUAUAAAUCCUGGAAUGAUUCCUUAGAUAGACUUUAACACUACCAGUUCAAACAAAUAUGAAGUAAAGGUUCUCAUAUGAAGUCACGUAAAUUGCUGAGUGGAAUGUUGCUUACUGUACUAAAUUGGACUACAAACCAGGCAAAGUGGGCCAUGACGUUGGGAGCUCGAAGGCUCCAUCUUCAUUUUGAAUAAAUUCAUUAACUAAACCAAAUAAUUUGGGUUAGGGUCUAUUUAUUUCAAUGAGUUUUUCAAUAAUGUAUAUCAGUGAUAUUCAUUAUCAUUAUUAUUCGUUAACAAGAUAAUAACAAGAAAAGAAGCUCGUGCUCUUGACGUCUGCCAUGUUUCUACAGUUCAGUCCACAGAGCCAGAUGAGGGGGGUGGAGGGGGGGGACCCGGCUCUUAAAGCCCCACUGCUGAACAAAGCGCCAUUGCUUGUCUGCCAAUGUUUAGUGAUAGUGACGGGUCGAGUCAUCUCCAGUGCUGCUCUCCUUUGGGUCCCCAGCAACACACUAAGUGUGAAGGAGAUCAGAUGAAUGGUUCCCAAGACGCACACUCACCAACACUACAAACACACAGAUGCACACUCAUAGUCCUCACUUUGUUAUAUUGUAGAGAACUGAAAAGCAUUUGACGAUUAGCUCCUCCUCACAUUUGUUAAGUCAUUUUUGUAGUUGAGUUUUUGUUUUUCAUGAAGUUUUUGUAUAAGAACAUUAAGUUGAACCUUCUCAAUUUCUGUCUGUUGUGACUCACUGAGUACUUUUGAGUCUGCGUGGCCGUGGACAGCACCGUUGUCCUAUUGUCGACAGCAUGCUUUCAUUUCAGAGGUUAGCACUUUCUCCACGAGGUGAGGUAAAUCUCUCUAAGCUUUUAUAUUUCAAAGCUGCAUGCUGAGAGGAUUUCGGUAACAACUCUGUCUUCCAACUUCAUUUCCAUUGUAGCUACAUGUGUUCCACCAAGUUGAAGGACAGACUUUGCACUCAGCUAUGAAGUGAUCUACUGGUUCCAUUGCAUGGCGGGUCAUAUUACAUACUGGAAGUGAUUGAGAAUCAGCUGAAAAAUGAUGGAUUCAGGAUGGUAGUAUUACAAUAGUAAUUAGAUUUUCUAUGAUUAGAGUAAUUAGGGCAUUUUUUCAAGCUUUGCAAAGUAGGAAUUUAAGGUAUUGGAUAUCUAGUUCAAAGAGGAGGUUCUGGCAUCGAUUUUAACAGCUGGAGGGAGACAUGUAGUUGCCUAAAACCUCCGACCUAAGGAACCCAAAAUGUCAUUGGCCAGAGCGAUCAGGGGAUUGGGGAUGAUACGAGCCCCCCUCUGCCUGUUCUUUUCACGGGGGAAGUACAGUCCUGCUAAGCUCCUGGCUGGUGGGAGCUGUGAUGUGACGGCACCUGAGGGUGAAGCUCAAUGGAGUUGUGGACUGGCUUUGAUCGACUCUUUUUUCCCUCUCCUUCCCUCAGUCUUUCUCCCUAACUCCUUCCUCCUGCAGAAUUAGCAAGAUUAUUAUUUUUUUAGACAAAUAUUUAUAAAAUAUAAAAAAAAGAGUUUUAUUACUGUACAGCUUUUGUAUAAGAACAGGCGGUGAGGUGUUGCAGUGUUUUUUUUUGACCUCAACUGUGCUUUGUGUAAUUGUUUCAUGCAUUUAUAAUCAUAUUUAUUAAAUGGAAAGACGUCUGUUAACUGUGUUCUCAUUUUCUUACAAUAUUUGUAAAGAAAUACAAAGAAAUGUAUUUGAUGAAGUACUAUUCAACGUAUAAAGAAAACAAAACAAG